CUCCGGCAUUUCAGUUUCCUCAUCCGCGAUUCAAUUGUUCCCUGCCGGUCUCGCCGUCGAUCAAAGUAAUCCAAUUUCCGGCGUUCUUUCUUUCUGAAUUUUCGACAUUAUCUCUCAAACUCAGCAGAUCAAAACCUUAGAAAGAACCGGAACUGUUUAAUUUUUCUGAAUCCGGUCAACCCGUUUUCAAUUUCCUCGUCUCCGAUUCCACCGCUCCUUUUCGGUCUUGCCGUCGAUCAAUUUAAUCCAAUUCAGCUGCUCCUCUUUUCUGAGGUUUCGCUACUUUCUCUUCAAAUUCGCCUAACGCAAACCCUACCAAGUGCUAGAGUUGUUUAAUUUCUCUGAAUCCGCCUACCAGUUUUUCAAUUUCCUCAUCCCGAUACGCUCCCCAUCGGUCUUGCCGGUGAUUACGAAAUGAAUUUGGGAAAAUCUAGCAUCAGGAUUCAAGACCAUUAGUAGGUGAAUUGAGAAAUAAUGUGUAGUUCCUUUUCAUAUUCAGCUUAUGGGGUAAAGUCAAGUUCUUUCAUGUGCCUAAAAGUGACAGAAACAGUUUAGAGAGGAGGCUGUAGGUUAACCCUCCUUCCUAGUUGGUUCAACUACUCAUCUAAGUCAGUGUGAGGAGAGGAAUUUAGUCCAACCAUAUUUCCAGUAUGUCGUAGGCACGAAGGGAAGCACUAUUUUGAGCAUUUCAUACGCAUUUCCAUGCAUGAAGAAAGAGCAUUUGAAAUUCAUAUUUUUAUUGUCAAGCAAGUCACUUCUAUGGUUUAAUUUUGUAAAAGAUUUGCAAGGUCAGAACUUCUUAACAAUUAUUUCAUUAUUUUGGAAUGACUGCCAAGGGUAAGAGAAAAGAAAGGCAAGUGGAAAAGUAAUUUUGACUUUUGAUCCUUCACAGAAUUUAAUAAUUAAACCAAAUGAAAUUUAAAUCCCAAAUGGGCCGAAAGAGAUAAUCCAAUCCAAUGCACGCAUGUGGAUCACUUUAUCUCCUUUCACCAAACAUUACUGGCCCACCACCACCUUCUGCAUGUGGGGAGGGGACCUUGGCUCUUAGACAAUUCUUUAUAAGCUUAUGUAAACAAUUUGCCCCUCUUUUUGUUGUCUUUAUUUUCCUACUUCCUUUGCACAUGCUUUAUUUUCCUUUCUAGACUGCUGAGACAAAUUGGGCUUACCUAGAUUUUCACACAUUUGGCUCAACUCUAGGAACACAAAAUAGUGAUUUUUAUUUUGAAUCUAAUAAAAUGAGUGCAAUUUUGCAGUUUUAGAUUGCAAAACUGAGACCAUUAAAUAAGGGGGCUUACUUUAUCUUGAUGUUGUGUAGUUAGGAGGACUAUACAACAGUUUUGUUUUAUAUACAGAAAUAUUAUGGGUGUUCUAUCUUAAAUGAUUCUAACUUUUUUUUUUCUUGUAGGAAAUGGAGUUGACGUUUAAUUGUAGCUGGUGGUCGAGUAUUGCUAAUUAUGUUAAGCUUUUCUAUUGUGUUAAUGGACAAAUAUUUUUGAUUUGUUCAUUUUGAAUACAACAUUUUUUAUAUU